AUGUUUAAAGCUGUAUCAAAGAACUUAAAUAGUGGCUUCAUGGCUAGCAAAGCAGCCAGAAGCAUAUGGGCAAGGGGUGCUCAAAACCACACCCUUAAUAUGAAUACCACCGGUACGUAUUGGUACUCUUCAGGCACAAAUGUCCUGUUGCAGAACAAAAAAAAUAAUGAGAUAGAUCAGUCUGACGAUGUUUUUAGUAGAAUUAGAAUAGAGCCAAUCCAUAGAACUGAUGAACCAAGAGAUGUUAAGAUUGCAAGAUUGACCUAUCAAUCAAGAAAAAGGGGUAUCUUAGAAACCGAUCUUUUAUUAUCAAGGUUUGCUAAAAAAUAUCUUAAAACAAUGACAACUGAAGAAUUAAAUGAAUAUGAUGCACUCUUAAACGAAUUAGACUGGGAUAUAUAUUAUUGGGCGACAAAAAACUUCGACGUAACUCCAUUACCAAAAAAAUGGGAAAAUUCAACAAUUUUAAAGAAACUACAAGACUUUAGUGAAAAUACAGAAAAUGAAAUUAUUAGAAUGCCUGAUUUGUAA